AUGGGCGAGAAAUGGCAGAGUGCGCCCUCAGGAGACUUGUGUUUGACCUGGACUAACCCCGCAGAAAAGUCGGUCCUAGUGAAAAACAGGCGGUGCAACAAAUACCUCUUCUCCACCGGCCUCUUGGCAGAGAGACUACAUUUCCCAGCAGCCCCCCCGGGGGGGGAGCCAAAAUCCUUGCCACGAGGCUUGCGCCUCCGCCAUCAGCCCGCUGGGGGCGCUGUGACGAGCCCACCGCCGCCCAGUAGAAAUCUACGCGGCCCCAGGGCCGUUUGCUUCCUGUUUGUUGGACGAGGAGACAUGGCGGCGGCGCCGGCGGCUGCUGGGGCUGGGUUCACUGGAGCUUUUUUGACAGAAAGGGACAAACAAUCCAAAUGGAGUGGAAUUCCUCAGUUGCUCCUUAAGCUAUAUGCCACCAGCCACCUCCACAGUGACUUCAUUGAAUGCCAAAACAUCCUCAAGGAAAUUUCCCCUCUUCUCUCUAUGGAGGCUAUGGCAUUUGUUACUGAAGAUAGGAAACUUACUCAAGAAACUACUUAUCCAAAUACAUAUAUUUUUGAUUUGUUUGGAGGUGUUGAUCUCCUUGUAGAAAUUCUGAUGAGGCCUACAGUCUCCAUCCGGGGACAGAAACUGAAAGUAAGCGAUGAGAUGUCCAAGGACUGCUUGAGCAUCCUGUAUAACACCUGUGUUUGUACAGAAGGAGUUACAAAGCGUUUGGCAGAAAAGAAUGAUUUUGUGAUCUUCCUGUUUACACUGAUGACGAGUAAGAAAACAUUCUUACAAACAGCAACCCUCAUUGAAGAUAUUUUGGGUGUUAAAAAGGAAAUGAUCCGACUAGAUGAAGUUCCCAAUCUGAGUUCCUUAGUAUCCAAUUUUGACCAGCAACAGCUUGCUAAUUUCUGCCGGAUUCUGGCUGUCACCAUUUCAGAGAUGGAUACAGGGAAUGAUGACAAGCACACGCUUCUUGCCAAAAACGCUCAGCAGAAGAAGAGCUUGAGCUUGGGGCCUUCUGCAGCUGAAAUCAACCAAGCGGCCCUGCUCAGCAUCCCUGGCUUUGUUGAACGGCUUUGCAAACUGGCGACUCGGAAGGUGUCAGAGUCAACGGGCACAGCCAGCUUCCUUCAGGAAUUGGAGGAGUGGUACACGUGGUUAGACAACGCUUUGGUUCUAGAUGCCCUGAUGCGAGUGGCGAAUGAGGAGUCUGAGCACAAUCAAGAUGAGGAUGGAAACACACCUGCAGUCCAAGCACUCGGGGAGGCUGAGGCAGGAGGAUUGCUGCAAGUUCAAGACCAGCCUGGGCUACAUAGUGCUUCUGAGGAGAGUGGAUUGCCUCACACUUCCGCCAGGACCCAGCUGCCCCAGUCCAUGAAGAUUAUGCACGAGAUCAUGUACAAACUGGAAGUGCUCUAUGUCCUCUGUGUGCUGCUAAUGGGGCGGCAGCGGAACCAGGUUCACAGAAUGAUCGCAGAGUUUAAGCUGAUCCCAGGACUUAAUAAUUUGUUUGACAAGCUGAUUUGGAGAAAACAUUCAGCAUCUGCCCUCGUCCUCCAUGGUCACAACCAAAACUGUGACUGUAGCCCGGACAUCACCUUGAAGAUCCAGUUUCUGAGGCUUCUUCAAAGUUUCAGUGACCACCACGAGAACAAAUACCUGCUCCUCAACAACCAGGAGCUGAAUGAACUCAGUGCCAUCUCCCUCAAGGCCAACAUCCCUGAAGUAGAAGCCGUCCUCAACACUGACAGGAGUUUGGUGUGUGAUGGGAAGAGGGGCUUGUUAACUCGUCUGCUGCAGGUCAUGAAGAAGGAGCCAGCCGAGUCAUCUUUUAGGUUUUGGCAAGCCCGGGCUGUGGAGAGUUUCCUCCGCGGGACCACCUCCUAUGCAGACCAGAUGUUCCUGCUGAAGCGAGGCCUUCUGGAGCACAUCUUGUACUGCAUUGUGGACAGUGAGUGCAAGUCGAGGGAUGUGCUGCAGAGCUACUUUGACCUUCUGGGAGAGCUGAUGAAGUUCAAUGUUGAUGCAUUCAAGAGAUUCAAUAAAUACAUCAACACUGAUGCAAAGUUCCAGGUGUUCCUAAAGCAGAUCAAUAGCUCCCUUGUGGACUCCAACAUGCUGGUGCGUUGCGUCACUUUGUCACUGGACCGAUUUGAAAACCAGGUGGACAUGAAAGUGGCCGAGGUCCUGUCUGAGUGCCGCCUGCUCGCCUACAUAUCCCAGGUGCCCACGCAGAUGUCCUUUCUCUUCCGCCUCAUCAACAUCAUCCACGUGCAGACGCUGACCCAGGAGAACGUCAGCUGCCUCAACACUAGCUUGGUGAUCCUCAUGCUGGCCCGACGGAAAGAGCGGCUGCCCUUAUACCUGCGCCUGCUGCAGCGGAUGGAGCACAGCAAAAAGUAUCCUGGCUUCCUGCUCAAUAACUUCCACAACCUACUGCGCUUCUGGCAGCAGCAUUAUCUGCACAAAGACAAGGACAGCACCUGCCUGGAGAACAGCUCCUGUAUCAGCUUCUCGUACUGGAAGGAGACAGUGUCCAUCCUGUUGAACCCAGACCGCCAGUCACCUUCUGCCCUUGUCAGCUACAUCGAAGAGCCCUACAUGGACAUAGACAGGGACUUCACUGAGGAGUGACCUCGGGUCAGGCCUAGGGAGGCUGCUGGGCCAGGGCCAGGGCCAGCGCGGGUACCUGUGGGUGCCCAUGCCACACGCCUGCCUGUUCCAUCCCUCCCCAGCUUCCCCGUUGCUGCCUGCCUGUCCCAGGUCCUGACAUACAGGAUUGGUGGUGGGAGGGAGCACCGUGUAGGCCCUCAGCCCUGGGUCUGGGGGCCCCAGGUCAUGAGGAAGCCUCAUAUCAAGACCCCGCUGGACUGCCCAGAGGAAGAGAACUUAUGACAAUGGCUCUGUCUGAGCACCUGUUCAGUCUCUUGGCUGUCCUGGGUUGGCAAGGGAGAUAUGGACCCACCAUCUGUGAGCUGAGCCUCUGGGCCCAGGCAGAGGUCCUGAGCCUUGGACAGGCCUGGGGUACCAGA